AGGUCCUCAAGGCAGUGUGAGACCAAGUUCUGGCUCCCGCGGUUCUUCACAGCCUGUCCUUAUUGGUUCCAUUUAGAAGCUUAUGUUCAUUUAUUUGAGAGGCAGAGUUGCAAAGAGAAGCGGCGGCAGCAGCAGCAGCAGGCGAUUGCGGCCGGGAGAGCCUCGGGCGCGGCCUCGCCUCCCGGGCCCGGCGACCGCAUCAGCACCGCGGACAGCGCAGCGCCCCCCCCCGGCCCCCCGUAUCAGCACCGUGGACAGUGCCCCGACUCGCCGCCACCAGCCCACCCGGGGCCCGGGUCAGCACCGCGGACAGCCCCCUCACCUGGCCCCGGAGCGGUCAGUGCCACCCGCCCCCCCGGAACAUGGCCACCGAGGUGCACAAUCUGCAGGAGCUACGGCGGAGCGCUUCGCUGGCCACCAAAGUCUUUAUCCAGAGAGACUACAGUGACGGCACCAUCUGUCAGUUCCAGACCAAGUUCCCCCCGGAGCUGGACAGCCGGAUCGAGCGGCAGCUCUUUGAGGAGACAGUCAAGACCCUGAACAGCUUUUACGCAGAGGCCGAGAAGAUUGGAGGCAGCUCGUACCUGGAGGGCUGCCUGGCCUGUGCCACGGCCUACUUCAUCUUCCUCUGCAUGGAGACUCACUACGAGAAGGUUCUCAGGAAGAUCUCGCGCUACAUCCAGGAGCAGAAUGAGAAGAUCUUUGCACCUCGAGGCCUCCUGCUCACUGACCCUGUGGAACGUGGCAUGAGGGUCAUCGAGAUCUCCAUCUAUGAGGACCGGUGCAGCAGCGGCAGCUCAAGUAGCGGCAGCAGCAGCAGUGCCAGUGGCAGCAGCGGCGGCGGGGGCGGGGCGGGGGCCCGGUGACUGGCCGAGAGUCCCCGCAGCGAGGUGUACAGCCGGGGCGAGGGCCUUGCAGACCUGCGGCGGAUACGCUACCAGAGCACCCGAUUCUGAGUCCUUUCUGGGCCACUGCUGGGGAGUGGCCUCGUACGCCCUGCU